CUCGAGUGGGCCGAGCAGUGACGCCUCACGCCGACGAGUCGACACGACUCUGCGUUCGAACGUGAGGCUAUUUAAAACUCUGCGCAAGCCCCCUGGCGCCGAGUCGACGACUAAUGAUCAGUCCUGCCUUGUCUACUAACCUGUGCGUAGCUUCGUGAAUUACUGUGUUUACAAAACCUCCCAGUGUUUGUCAAUUGUUUAGUUUCGAGUUUCCCCGCUAUACGAAAUUGAAAUGGCUGACAGUGGUCUGAAAAGGAAUAUCCCCAUCAAGCUCGGAGAUUUCUCAGUCAUCGACACGGAGUUCUCAAGCAUCAGGGAGAGAUUCGACGCCGAAAUGAGAAAAAUGGAGGAGGAAAUGAGCAAAUUCCGAUCGGAACUCAUGAACAGGGAAAGCAACAACUUCUUCAAGAGCUCGACGAGCACCACCACUUCAUCACAACAGAGCGACAGCAGACAACUGGCUGAGCCCAGCCAUUGGGACAGUCUGAACUCCCCACUUAUCCAAGACGAAGGUGACGGCAAGUCUCUUAAACUCAGAUUCGAUGUUAGUCAGUACACUCCUGAAGAAAUCAUCGUGAAGACAGUUGACAACAAAUUAUUGGUCCACGCUAAACACGAAGAGAAGUCAGAGACAAAGUCUGUGUACAGAGAGUACAACAGAGAAUUCCUUCUGCCAAAAGGUACAAACCCAGAGGCAAUCAAGUCUUCUCUAUCCCGGGACGGUGUCCUGACCGUGGAAGCGCCUUUGCCGCAGCUGGCCAUCACCGAUAGGAACAUCCCGAUCCAGAAGCACUGAGGCGGCCCUUCUUGCGGUCUCCGACAGCAGCUAUUCCAUACUACUGUUAAUUAAUAAUUUAUUAUAAUUUACAAUUACUAUAUAAGGACUCUUGGAGAUCUUCAAAUAUUUAUUAUGAAUCUUGAUUGUAAUGAAUCUCAGCGUAUAUUAACACGUACGAGUAUGUUGGUAUAGGUUUGAUUUUUUAGAUUAUUCCAAGGUCAACGCCGCUGUAAGUUUGCGGACCAAGCGAUGGUUGCAUAAAUGUUGCUUUAGAGUCAAUGCUUUCACUGUGAUCAUUAGAAGAUUUUGCAUAUUAUCAUGGAUUUGUACAACACUUUUGAUAUUCAAGCGACAAGCUAGUACACUGCACUGAGUUUUGGUGUAUUCACGCGAAAUCUCGUUAAUGUUUAAGAAGUAGGUAAUUGGCCUGUGACCGCUUGAAGUGGAGCUUAUCGAAGGUGUUCAAUGGUGAUAGUGCAAUUGGUACUUUGUGUACUUACUAUGAAAUAUAAUAGGCUUAUUCAACAGUUAAGUGUCUUAACGAUAACUUAUAAAAGUCCAUUUAUCCUAACCUUAUCUCAUAGGUCAAAAUAACAAUAGCAUUAUAUUCAGUACAUGGUGUUAACAGCUUUUAACUGAUACACGUUUAUAUUUUAGUACAAACAGUUGUUACGAAAGUUUUAGAUGUCAAUAAAAUACAAGAAAAGCACA